ACCAAUGAUCACUCCACGGGACUCAGUCUUGGUAUAUAUAACAUGUGUAUUUCCUUUGAAAUUUCUUAAGGUACAUUCGUUAGCAGUGUAACAUGUAUGCACGUUUUUGAAGACGGGAAAAUGUUUUAGAACCACUAGACAUAGUCCCGCCACAGAUUGGACAGAAUGACAUACCAUCUAAUCAUCGGAGCUGUGUGUUGGGUAAUAUUGGUCGACCGCAUCCACUGUAAGCCAAUUUUGGACCAUGGACAGAAUGAGAUUUCUUCAGUGGACAACACACAGGAGGGCGUAGUUGACGCAAGAUAUCUAACGGCGCACGACAUUAUUCUAGCGGCUAAUGAAGCGAAUGGUAUCAAUCUGUUCGAGGGAGACAUCAAGUCAUUGCCGCCACGGUAUCGAACAGCAGUGAGUGACCGAUCCCGCCUGUGGCCAGAGACCACCAUACCUUACACCAUGGACGCUAGAUAUGACUCCGAUGAAGUGGCAUCCAUAGUGGAGGCGCUCGCGGAAUUCCACAACAAGACCUGCAUGCAAUUUGUUCCAAGGAAGGGAGAACAGGAUUACAUAUACUUCGUGCAACACAAAGGCUGCUACUCAUCGGUGGGCCGGACCGGCGACCAACAGGAGCUCACCCUGGGCAAGCCCUGUCUGUCCAGGGGCACGGCCAUCCACGAGAUCAUGCACGCCCUGGGGUUUUGGCACGAACAGAACAGAUCCGACAGAGACUCCUACAUCCAGAUUUUAUGGGACAACAUCAAGGAUGGUCGAGAGUUUAAUUUCGAGAAGUUCCCUAUUAGCGACGUGGAUGUCCUAGGCGCCCCCUACGACUACGGCAGCAUCAUGCACUACUCAGGGACGGCCUUCUCAAAGAACGGACAGAACACUAUAAGGACUAAAAAGCCCACCACAUUCAUCCUGGGACAGAGGGACCACCUCAGUAUUGUAGAUGCAUGGAAAGUCAACAAACUGUACAACUGUGUCCCCACACACACAACAAACCUUCACGCACCGCCACGACUUUCCACCACACCCGCAGUCGGGCCACCGACACCGCCGCCUCUCCACCCUGUCAAGGGACCACACUAUGCGACUCCACCCCGACUACCCCACCGGCCCCGCACUCCGCCGCCCCUACUCACGACCACACCACACUACGCCUGGGGGUCGUUUUCCGACUGGAGUCCGUGUGACAUCAACUGUAAUGCCAAGAGGUCAAGGCUCUGUCUGGACUUCAUCAGACAAGACUGUGGUCCGGGGGAGAGCGUCGAGAACUACGUGUGUCCGCCACCAUGCAUACCUGCUUCAUACAUUGGUUGUUGGCGCAACAACGCCUCCCAUCCCGCCAUUCCAAUGAUUGAAAAUCAGCAUUCGAAUACCUUGGAGUUCCACACACUUGAAGCUUACCGGGAGUGCGCAGACGCAGCAAAUGAGCUUGGGUACCCCGUAUUUGCUCUGUUCCGGGACGGGGAUUGUCUCACUAGCCCGGAUGCUCUGACGUCAUUUGCCAAAUAUGGACAAAGCAGCUUGUGCGGAAAGGAUGGAAGGGGAAACAACCAGGCCAUGGCCGUUUACUCCUAUGAGAAAGACAUCGAUGGAGAAUGGGGGACGUGGGGGGAGUGGGAGCGGUGCAGCCAGCCAUGUGGUGGGGGGACACAGUUGCGGAGGAGGUUCUGCAGCAACCCCCCUGCUGUAGGAUCCGGGACACCGUGUCAAGGCGAGACCAACGUGUCCCAGUCUUGUAACACCACGCCGUGUCAGGAUAGAGACGGCAGUUGGAGCGUUUGGGCUUCAUGGAGUCCGUGUUCUAGGGCCUGUGGCGUUGGAAUACAAUACCGGAAACGCACGUGUGACGACCCUACUCCCUCUGGAAGCGGAAAACCGUGCCCAGGAACAGAUUUGCAGAGCAACCGUUGCGUUUUGAGAGACUGUCAACAGUCCCAAGAUUGUGGCAGCGAGGCUCACUUCGGGACACACGGCUACAUCCACCAAGGUCGGUACGGCAAUUCCAUGUCGUGUGAGUACAAGAUCAUCACAUAUACAGGGACGUCGGUGCUGCUGCAGGUGGUUGAGAUGGACAUCGAGUACAGCAACGGUUGUCAGGACGAUUCACUCAUGGUUUUUGACGGCAACUCCACUAGCAGUCCUCUCUUGGCGACUCUGUGUGGUAACAUCAAACACUCUCCAAUACGGUCUUCAGGAAACGAGCUGUUCAUUCUGUUUGAGAGUGAUUCCACAAUAGAGGCCUCGGGAUAUUCACUCAAGUGGCAGAUCACACACAGCACGUAUCACAUGUGUGCCCGCCCAGUAGAACCUAUCAACGGGGUCGUGACCGGAUCUUCUACAUAUGUGGGAGAUACAUACGUGUUCAGAUGCCACGCGGGUUAUCAUCUGAUUGGUCCGUCUGUGAUCACGUGUAUCAGUUUUGACCAAUACCAUGCGGUAUGGGACAAUGGCUUUCCACGAUGUGAUGCAUCGCAACCACAGCAGCCUUUAGUUGAAAUUGGAUAAAGGAUUUACAAUUCCAUCAUUUAAUUAUGUAGAGGGGAAUUUCCGCGUAACUCUCCAUUUUUUUAAAAAUAUUGUAGACGGGGCCCAUUAUUUUCAAGGCAUGGAGAGUUACGAGGAUAUUCCCAUUCUUAAAACACAUCCCUUUUGACAAAACAUUCUCUUGUGCAAAAUACUUGAAAAAUAAACCAGAACUCUUUGA